CAAGACUUAACAGAGCAUAUAAGUACUUGAAUUUUGUAGUUUCAAGGGAGAAUCUUACAGCGGUGGAGGGAACAUCACAUUCAGAGGAACCCUUGAUGACAAUACUCCUUUGAAAACAAAAUUAUUUGAGGCAAAGCUUCUUUUUGGAGAGUCACCACUAAACAUCACAUAUUCAGUAAAAUCCAGCGGAGGGUCUCUAUUAGGACUUACCCUUCUCUUCUCUAACGACUCCAAGAAGAAAAAGUCCAUAUUAUUGGCACCGGGGUCCAGCCCCUCAUUGCUUACCCACAACCAUUUAGCAGCACAUUUUGACACCAUCAUUAUGCCACAUCGCGUUGAAAAGACAGGACGUGAACUGGGAUGGGAUGUUCUAGAAAGUUCCAUAGCAAUGGAUGGAUACACACUAACUGAAAUCGGCGCCAUAUGCUAUAAGCUAGAGAAAGCAAGUUCUGGGUCAUCAGAAUACAAUGCAGUUCUUGGUCAUAUUUCAAUUAGAACUCUAGAAACAACCUCUUCUUCAAGAUCCCCACCAAAAGCAAAUUCAUGGGUCAUUGAGAGUAGAUAUAUCAAAUGGUCAUCUGGUUCACAAGGAACCAGGAAACUUAACAUGAUGCUUGCAUGGAAGCUGCUGGAACACACAAGUGUUACUGAUCUGUGUUUGGAGUAUAAAGUAUAUGUCAAGAAAAUGACCAAAUCAUCGGACGAGGAAGAAGAACAAGUCUACCUUGGGGCUGCAAUGGUCGAGGCAUUUUAUGUUUCUGAUCUGCAAGUUCCAGAUGGAGUGUCUGCUCUUGAAUUCAUCGUCCAAGUCAGCAUGGACGGAAUCUCUCAGAAGCUUGAAGAUUCUCCGUCCUUUAGGAUGGACGUUCCAGAUUCUUACUAGUUCCCCAACACCCAAAAAAAAAUUAAUGGAAUUAUUACAGUAAAAUACAAUGAAAUGGUUGAAUGUACUGACUAUUUUAACUCAUGUUAAAAUGUGGCCUGUGCGAUUAUGUAGUUUGUAUAAUACAGUAACACUUUUGGA